AGAUACCGCAUAAGUUAGUACAGAAAAUAAAAAUUUAAACAGAUAAUUUUAAUAUAGGUUUAAAAAUUAUCUUUUGGAUUUAACACAGAGUGAAUCAUGUGGAUACCAUCAAAUUUUCCAAUUUUUGUGAGGAUUCUGGAGACCAUCAACAUCUCUUUGACUGGAAUCCCUACGGAAGUUAAGGGUCCUUCUAUCAUAAAGUACGAGUUUUCAGACGAGUGUAUAGUUGCUGCCAAUUCCUUUGCAAAAAAUCGUUUUCCAGAUCAGUUUCUUUUUGGUUUUACUACUUCUGCUUAUCAGAUAGAAGGCAGUUAUAAUUUAACCGACAUUGGAGAGUCACUUUGGGAUAACGUUGUACAUUUGAAUCCGAGGCUAGUAAAAGACAUGAGCAAUGCAGAUGUCGCUGCAGAUUCAUACAACAAAUUCAAAACUGAUGUGAAUCUUGUUAAAAAUCUUGGUGCGAAUACUUACAGAAUUUCCUUAUCCUGGACAAGAAUAUUUCCCAGUGGAUUCUCUGAUUAUAUAAGCCAGGACGGCAUCAGAUAUUACAAUGAUUUAAUAGAUGAGAUGCUGAAAAAUAGAAUAACACCGAUUGUAACGCUUUAUGACAUGGAUUUACCAUUUAAAAUUCAAGAGAUGGGUGGUUGGGCUAAUCCCUUAAUUAUUAGCUGGUUUGAUGACUUCGCCAGAAAAGCAUUUUCUGCAUUUGGGGAUAGGGUGAAGCAUUGGGUUACUGUAAACAGCCCCUACAAGCUUUGCAAGAAAGGAUAUGGUGGAACUGUCCCUCCAGGUUUAAAUCUAUCAGGCAUAGCAGAUUAUAUUUGUGGUCACCAUGUCUUACUCGCACACGCAAAAGUGUAUAGUACUUAUGAUCGUGCCUUCCGAUGGAAACAGAAAGGUAAAAUAGGUUUAUCUUUAGAAGCUUUAUGGUUUGAGUCAGAAAAUACUUCAUCAAAUGAAGAUGCGCGAGUUGCAGAACAGUUGUUUCAGUUCGCAAACGGCUGGUUCUUACAUCCUAUUCUAGGCCAGUCUGGCGAUUAUCCAGAGAUGAUGAAAAAGCUAAUUAGUAAUAACAAUAAGCACCAUGAUUAUCCACUGGCACGACUACCCAAGUUCAAAACGUCGGAAAUUCUGUCGAUAAGAAACUCUAUUGAUUUCCUUGGCCUAAAUUAUUACAGUGCUAGUAUGAUUGAAGUAAAUAACAUAGAAAGUUAUUCUGAAUGUAACAUCAAUAGAAAACUCACAGAUUUACUUUAUGACGACCACAGUGAUAAGAUUAUUUCUUCUACGAAACGGAUUGGUGAUUCAAGAAAGAGCACACCAUGGGCUCUAGAGAAGUUUCUAAUCCGUAUUAACAAAGAUUACAAAGUUCCCCCAAUUUUCAUAACUGAGAAUGGUUAUUCAGACAAUGGUGAACUGUAUGAUAUGGAUAGAACAAGAUAUUAUUAUGAGCACAUUUUACAAAUAUUAAAGAUUUCGAAAAUGGGUUUCGAUAUCCGUGGUUACUUAUUUCGAACUCUAAUGGAUUGCUUCGAAUGGGAAUAUGGUUACACAAAACACUUUGGAGUAUACCAUGUCGACUACGAAGAUCAACAAAGAUCAAGAAAAGCAAAACUUUCAACUGAACUGAUUAGAAGUAUCUAUACAAACAGAACUAUUCCUUCUGUUUAAGUUACUCUCAAGAUUAUAUGAUUCCAAAUAUUUUGAGUUAAGGACCAACUGUGGGUUUUUACAU